AUGACCAGACGCCCUGCUGAAACUCUGCGCUUCCAGCCUGCUCUUCACGCUCCGCGCAGCAGGAGGCGCGCCUGGCUAGGGGUUAGAGCGUCUCGGCGUUGCCCCAGCAACCACGCUGCGUAGCGGGGAGGGGCUGGGCGCUGCGUUGCUCUGAGCGCCCACUCCGAGGCCUCGGAUUGCUGGGAGGGAGGAGAACCUCGGGCCGGGGCGGGAACCCGCCUCCGGGCGGCGGGGGCGGCCCCUGGUGUGUUCUCUUGGGGCGUUCAGUCCUUGCAGCUCUUCACCGAGUCUCGCUCUCCUUCACCCGCGCUCCGCCCAGACUCCAGGAAACCGCCGGGAAGCGUCCGGGCCGACAGGGCGGUUUCCGAGAGGCGGAGCUCAGUCGCCCGUUUCCUUUCUCCGUCGGCUAGAACCCGGACGGCGACAGCACCCUCUGGCCUCGAACCAUCCUGCGCCAGGCCCAGCGCUGCGCGUGUCCCCGGCGGCAGCAUGAGCGGCGCCCGGGAUGUGGGCUGGGUGGCGGCGGGCCUGGUCCUAGCGGCCGGCGCCUGCUACUGCUUCUACUGGCUGACGCGGGGCCGGCGGCGAGGCGGCCCCGGGCUACGGCUGCGCCCCUCGCGGUCCGCAGAAGACUUAACCAAUGGCUCACAUGAUGAUAUCCUAAAUGCUGAACAACUUCAGAAACUCAUUUACCUGCUUGAGUCUACUGAGGAUCCUGUCAUUAUCGAAAGAGCUUUGGUCACUCUGGGUAACAAUGCAGCCUUUUCAGUCAACCAAGUCAUGAUUCGUGAACUGGGUGGUAUUCCAAUUGUUGGAAGCAAAAUCAACAAUCCCAACCAGAGUAUUAAAGAGAAAGCUUUAAAUGCACUGAAUAACCUGAGUGUGAAUGUUGAAAAUCAAAUAAAGAUAAAGGUGUACGUCAGUCAAGUCUGUGAGGAUGUCUUCUCCGGCCCCCUGAACUCCCCUGUGCAGCUGGCCGGACUGAGGUUGUUAACAAACAUGACGGUGACCAAUGACCACCAGCACAUGCUUAGCAGUUACAUUACAGACCUGUUCCACUUGUUGGUCACGGGAAAUGGAAGCACCAAGGUUCAAGUUUUAAAACUGCUUUUGAAUUUGUCAGAAAAUCCAGCCAUGACAGAUGGACUCCUUGGUGCUGAAGUGGAUUCAUCAUUCCUUUCCCUUUAUGAUGGCCAUGUAGCAAAGGAGAUUCUUCUUCGAGUUCUCACACUGUUUCAGAAUAUAACUACCUGCCUCGAAAAGGAAGGCCAUUUAGCUAUUCAGCCAACUUUCACUGAAGGUUCACUGUUUUACCUGUUAUAUGGAGAAGAAUGUGCCCAGAAAAUGAGAGCUUUAGUUUAUCACCAUGAUGCAGAUGUGAAGGAAAAGGUAACAAUGAUACCAAAAUUCUAACUGGUUGGUCAUAUUUUUCCAAAGAGUAAUGCAGUCUAGAAAUAAUACACAUAAACUUCUCAUUUUUCACCUUCCUUACAAAGGGAUUCUUUCAACUGCUGAAUUUAAACAGUAAAUAUCACCUUUCAUCAUUAACACAGCUACAACUUGCCCUGGUCUCCUGAUUUAUUUUGGACCAUUUUAUUGAUACCAAAUAAGAGGUUGUUCUGAAACCAUUUUCU